GCAGGGCGGCGGGCGGGCAGCGCCGGAACGCGGCUGCGGCGGCCGCGGGGCCCGGGCGAGCAUGUAGCGGUCGCGGGGGCGCGGGGCUCCCUGGGCGGGCCGGGCCGCGGGGACCGCUCGCGGCGACAUGGAGGAGGAGGGCAAGAAGGGCAAGAAGCCUGGCCUCGUGUCGCCGUUCAAGCGGGUCUUCCUCAAAGGAGAGAAGAGCCGGGACAAGAAGGCCCACGAGAAGGCGGCGGAGCGGCGGCCCCUGCACACGGUGGUGCUGUCGCCGCCUGAGCGCGUGGAGCCCGACCGGCUGCUGAGCGACUACAUCGAGAAGGAGGUGAAGUACUUAGGUCAGUUAACGUCCAUCCCCGGGUACCUGAAUCCGUCCAGUCGGACUGAGAUCCUGCACUUCAUAGACAACGCCAAGAGAGCCCACCAGCUGCCCGGACACCUGACGCAGGAGCACGACGCGGUCAUCAGCCUGUCGGCCUACAACGUCAAGCUGGCCUGGCGGGACGGCGAGGACACCAUCCUCCGGGUGCCCAUCCACGACAUCGCCGCCGUGUCCUACGUGCGGGACGACGCCUCGCACUUGGUGGUCCUGAAGACAGCCCAGGACCCCGGCAUCUCCCCCAGCCAGAGUCUGUGUGCGGAAAGUUCCAGAGGCCUCGCCACAGGCUCCCUGUCCGAGAGUGGAGUGGGGCCUGUGGAGGCCUGCUGCCUGGUGAUCCUGGCCACGGAGAGCAAGGUGGCGGCGGAGGAGCUGUGCUCGCUGCUCGGGCAGGUCUUCCAGAUCGUGUAUACCGAGUCCACCAUCGACUUCCUGGACAGAGCCAUCUUCGACGGGGCCUCCACCCCCACGCACCACCUGUCCCUGCACAGCGAUGACUCUUCCACCAAAGUGGACCUGAAGGAGCCCUACGAGGCGGACGCCGGCAGCUUCUCCUUCCCCGAGUGUGUGCCCACCGCGCCCCACGCCAAGACGGCCAGCGAGAGUGAGCUGAGCGCCACGGCCGCCGAGCUGCUGCAGGACUACAUGCUCACGCUGCGCACCAAGCUGUCCUCGCAGGAGAUCCAGCAGUUCGCGGCGCUGCUGCACGAGUACCGCGACGGGGCCUCCGUGCACGAGUUCUGCAUCAACCUGCGGCGGCUCUAUGGGGACAGCCGCAAGUUCCUGCUGCUGGGUCUGCGGCCCUUCAUCCCCGAGAAGGACAGCCAGCACUUUGAGAACUUCCUGGAGACCAUCGGGGUGAAGGACGGCCGCGGCAUCAUCACCGACAGCUUUGGGCGGUACCGGCGGGCCGUCAGCUCCGCCUCUACCUCCACCUCCAACGGGAACAGAGUGGCCGGCAGCUCCGACGACCAGUCUGUGCCCUCGGAGGGGGACGAGUGGGACCGCAUGAUCUCGGACAUCAGCAACGACAUCGAGGCGCUGGGCUGCAGCCUGGACCCUGACUCGGCCUAACGCCCGGCCGAGGCCGCCUCCCCGCCCAGGGCCGGCCUGGGUGCGGGCCUCUACUGUGAAGGAGACGGGCAGAGGCUGCUGGGCACCCGCCCGUGGAGCCCGGACAGCAGUGGUUUUGCACAUGACGUUCCUAUCGAAACUCAGAGACCUUAAAGAAAUUGCUGCAAUGUGAAUACUUUA